UAGAUAAAUAGCGAAAAUUAAUUGAAUAUAUUCUGUACCUUGAAAUAAAAGCAACUUUUAUUGACGGCGUGUUUCUGGGGUUAGGUCACCUGAGACGUCACGUGAUCCAUCAUAACAUCAACACAGCAAUUAAAUCGGUAAAAUAAAAACGCUACUUAUCUGCGUCGCUUGUGGUCGACGGACCGUUCUUAUCACCACUCGUGUUGUCGUGUUAUCAUUAUCAACCCCCACUUUGCGUCCAGUCGCCCCGCAACCUUUCCACUGCGCCGCCUCUGACAUUCACGACCUGUCAAACGUCAACGACGUCCCGAAAUUGAGGUUAUAAUCAAAAUUCGUUAUUUUCCGUCAAUGUAAAACCCAAUAAACAGCGAAAUAGACGCGAUGGAGUGCGACACGAGCAGCCUGGACGAAGAAACUUCAUCCUUGUUGAACAACGGCUCUUCCGGCGAUUUCGAGAAACAAUCAGAGCUGAACGACUUCGACGAAAACGAAGACACCAGGUCCGAACUCAAGUUCGACAGAGAACUCGAGACGGAGGCCGAGCGCACAAAACGAGCCAAGAUUGAGGAGGCCCUCAGCAACAACAACUCCGGUUUGAAGACCUGGCAGCAGCUGGCGAUUGACGAGUUCGGGCUGGUUGGAGAUGACUUGCGACGUAAAGUGUGGCCUUUGUUGCUUGAGUUGGACCCGGAUGGGGUUGAGAAGACUCCGCUUUUGGAGGAGUUGUCCAAUCAUAGUGAGUACGAGCAGGUGGUUUUGGACGUGAACCGGUCGCUGAAGAGGUUUCCGCCGGGCAUUCCAUACAAGCAGCGUCUGGCGCUCCAAGACCAACUCACUGUGCUUAUUUUACGGGUUAUUAUUAAGUAUCCACAUUUGCGUUACUAUCAGGGUUAUCAUGAUGUCGCGAUUACGUUUUUGUUGGUGGUGGGGGAGGCGCUGGGGUUUAGUAUCAUGGAGAGGUUGAGUACUGAUCAUUUGCGGGAGUGUAUGGAACCCACUAUGGAGAAGACGUCGUACCGGUUGACGUAUAUUUAUCCGUUGUUGAGUAGGGUGGACCCCAAGUUGUAUGAAUUCAUGGAUAGAGCAAUGGUGGGUACAAUGUUUGCUUUGCCCUGGUACCUGACUUGGUUUGGGCACUCCUUGAACCAAUACAAAGACGUAGUGAGACUGUAUGAUUUCUUCCUUGCGAGUCCGCCUCUGAUGCCGUUGUACGUAGCGGCGUCACUAGUAGUGGAACGAAGAGAGGAAGUGUUUGAACAAGGAUGUGACAUGGCUAGCAUCCACUGCCUUCUGUCGCAAAUUCCAGAUAAUUUGGACUUCGAGGGUAUCCUGCAGAGGGCGCUGGGGUACUACAAGAGUCACCCGCCUCAGAAACUCGAAAGUGAAGUGAAGAAACGCGUGAAGAAAGAAGCGGAACAGCGCAAGAAAGAAGAAAUGAGAAUUAGGAAGAGACUGAACAGGAAUAACACGAUUUGGGUGAGGUUUAGUAACCGAGUGCCGUCGUGGCUGAUGUUCAACUAUCGAAGCAAAUACGGAUUGUUGUUUGCCACGGCCACGAUUCUUCUUGGAUAUUACGCCUACUAUCUGAAAACGACCAAUUCCAAGCAGACCUUCCUUGGGAUUUUUAACACAUGACAUUUAAUGCCCGUGGGACCCAUUAAGACGAUGUUACACAAUAGAUUUUAUACAAGUUUUUAGUUUAUUUAUUUUUGUAUCAGUCAACGUCAACUAAUCGUCGCUUUCGUUUCAAUAGAUUAAGUUUAUUCAACCACGAAAUGAUCGUGUUCAAGGUCACUGUAAAUACACCACUAUCGCUCCAUGUAAAUAAGAGGUCUAGGGAUUGUUAUGUUUUGGUCAAUUCUAUGUAUAUAUGUAUGGUGGUUGUGAUAAGGAUGGGUCGCCGGUUCUGAUGAGAGUUGCAUGCCAAAACCGUUAGUGUGAUAUUAUUUUUGAAUUCCAGUUGUUUAUUUUUAUACUGUGCGUCGAGGCAAGCUUAUUUAUUAUUAUGUUCCAGUUGUGUCGUUUCGUGUAUAGGUGAAAAUACAAUCAGUAUUUUUGUAUCGUUAAUUAAGUGCGCAACGCUAUGUAUUUAAGUGCAAUCUUUUGUAUAGGUAAGGUGUAUACACAGUUGCAAAUAAAAAUUUUAUUAUU